GGAAAAAUAUAUUGUCUUGUCUUUAUUUGUUUUUUUACUCUACAAUUUUUUUCUCUCUUCAGUAAAUUAAUCUUGUACUAAAAUGCAAGAUAUGGGGUUCAAAAUUGAAACUGUGACAAGUACUAAAUUGAAAGGAACAACAUGGGAUGAUGUUGAUCUUGGUGAUGUUGCAAUGAUUUUUAUUUCGUAUGGAAGAACAGCAGUUAGCAAUCUCCAAUUUUUAUAUGUCAAGGAUGGAAAAUUUUCUCUAUCAGGGAGACAUGGUGAUCUUAUAGAACAUCUGGAAAUUAACUUGCAGAUCAAGCUGGAUUAUCCCUAUGAAUAUCUGAUUGGAGUAAAUGGUCGUCAUAGUCUCGGAAUUGGAGCUGAUAUAAUUUUGAAAUCAAUUACAUUUGUGACCAACAAAAAAUCAUAUGGACCAUUUCCAAAAAUGAAAUCUACUUAUAUGGCAACAGAAGACACAGAAUUCAAUAUAAAUGUACUGGAUCAUGGUUGGCUCAACGGAUUUCAUGGCACAACUCGUGGUGGUCAACUUGAAAGCUUUGGAGUUUACAUCAAACCAAUGCCAAUUAUUACACCUCCAAAGAAAGACAUUGAUUCUGAUACAAUUGAUGUAAUUGAUGGUGAGUGUACAAAUUGUAAAAAUACCUACUAGUUUAAUUUUAUACCCAAAGUUACAUGUGUACUUUUAAUAUAAAUAUUAUAAACAUCAAUGAAGAUUCACGAGGAAAAA